AUGGGGAAACGCGUGGCCAUCGUAGGCAGCGGUUGCUCUGGGAUUGGAGCACUCUGGGCGCUUAACACCAGCACCGAUCACGAAGUCCACCUGUUCGAAGCAGCAUCCCGCUUAGGCGGCCACACCAACACCGUGACAUUUGACGGCCCAGAUGGAGAUCAGGUCCAGGUCGACACAGGCUUCAUCGUCAUGAACACAGCUACCUAUCCGAAUUUCAUCCGUUUUCUCAAAGAAAUCGGCGUGCCACCGAAGAAGACGGAGAUGACCUUUGGCGUGUCGAGAGAUCAAGGGACGUUCGAGUGGGCGGGGACGUCGCUUUCGUCCGUCUUCGCGCAGAGGAGGAAUCUCUUCAGUUUCAGCAUGUGGAGGCUUAUCUUCGAUAUCGUGCGAUUCAAUGAAUUCGCACUGGAUGUUUUGCAAGAAGAGGUCGAGAGUGAAAAUGAUCCUCAAGGCGGCGCGUCGACUCGCAAGAUUGCAGCUCCUUCCAACGAGAGCAUUGGUGAUUAUCUCGAUCGCGAAGGGUACUCACAAGAAUUUCGAGACGAUUAUCUGAUACCCAUGACUGCAGCGGUCUGGAGCACGAGUCCGGAUAAAUGCUCUCUGGAGUUUCCGGCCAUUACUCUGAUCCGCUUCAUGUACAACCAUCACUUGUUAAGCACUGUUGCGAAACGUCCGGACUGGUUGACUAUCCCUGGCGGAUCAAAACGGUACAUUGAUGUGGUAUUGAAGGAUUUUCCUCGGGAUCGGAUACAUCUCAAGUCCCCAGUGACAGCUGUGGUACCCUCGAAAUCUGGGCCUGUGACGUUGACAGCAAACGGUCGAGAUUAUGAAUUCGAUCAUGUCAUUCUCGCAACCCACGGAGACCAAGCCUUGGAAAUCUUGAGGCCCGUCGCCACGAAACAGGAGGUUGAGAUUUUGAGUGGAUUUCAGACCAGUAGGAAUGUCGCUGUACUUCAUUCGGACCUUUCUUUGAUGCCACGGCGAAGAGUGGCUUGGUCGGCGUGGAACUACAUAACCGAGUCGCCCUUCCCACCACAAAAGUCCAGGAAUAUUUCCAAGGUCUGCCUCACAUAUUGGAUGAAUCUCUUGCAGCAUAUCCCCGAGAAGAAUUUCGGCAAUGUCCUGGUGACACUCAAUCCUCUGAACAUGCCGGACCCACGACUUGCCCAAGGCAUUUGGGAGUAUUCUCACCCACUCUACAACGCUGCAGCCAUCACGUCUCAGCAACAUCUUCCAAAUAUCCAAAAUACGAGGAAUGUCAGCUUCUGCGGAGCAUGGACCAAGUACGGCUUUCAUGAAGAUGGAUUCAGCAGUGGUUUAUCUGCAGCCAUCAACCACCUGGAUGCGAAGUUGCCGUUUGAUUUCGUAGAUUCGACAUUUUCGAGAGGGAAGAAGCCUACCCUCGGGGUAAGCAAUUAUUUGUUAAGAUUGGUUCUUUUGAUCGUGCAGAUCUUCAUGCUUCUGAUCGAGAAGCUGUGGGCAAUUGUGGUCUCAGGAAUGGACAGGAGGAUAGCCCGGCGACGAAAGGUUGCUUGA